AUGUCUGGUCGUGCUCACGGUGAUCUGCCCAUUCGAGGCAGCCGUAGCAGUGGUGACCGUGGUGGCUCCCGAGGCCGCGGCGAUGGUGGCUCGAGUAGCCGUGGCAGCGACCGCGGUUACAGCGGAGAUCGGGGCCGUGGAAGUGAUCGCGGCAGUGGUCAUGGUGGGCGUGGCGGGUCUAGCAGACCCCAGAAGUUCGAAAGGAUGUUGAAAGACCCGGUUGAAGCUCCCAGCACCCGAGUCCAGGCCUUGGAGGAUCGGUACCUGGCAGAGUCUACAAAGGCUCGCCCAGAACCCAAUUCUUUGGCUCGGCGUCCGGGCUACGGCACACAAGGUCGUCCGAUUGUGCUUCGUGCCAACUUCUUCCCUAUGGAGUUCAAGCCGAACGUCAAGUUCUACUCCUAUCGGCUCAAGAUCAAGCCUGACGUAAAGAAAGGGCAGCAAAAGUUCAUUCUUGAAAGCAUGCUCCGGCAAUAUCCCCUCUUUACCGAUGGAAAAGUUGGCGUUGCUACUGAUGGGGCCACUGAGAUUGUUACGACCGGCCCACUCCCCGAGAAUCGAAAGCCGUUCACUUGUUCUAUGGGCCAUGGAACUGGGAGUUCGAAUGUCUAUACCGGCCCUUGGAAUGCUACAUUGGCCCUUGACAGCUCUUAUUCCCCGGCUGACAUGGCUGCAUGCCUUGAGGACGUCACCCGCCGAGAGGAGCUUGAAAAUGAAUCUUCCUGUCUCCGAGUACUGAAUAUCCUCAUGAGUGCUUAUCCCUUCAAAAAUUCCGGCACCUACAUCAUCGGCAAGGGACGAAACAAAUUCUUCUGGAUGGACAAGCGAAAGCAGUGGAUGGCCCUAGGUGAUGGCGCUGAAGCCGUUCGUGGUUUCUACUCAAGUGUCCGACUUGGUGCUGGACGAAUCAUGCUCAAUUUGAAUGUCAGUCACGGUGCAUUCUUCCUUCCGCGUUCUUUGAUUGAUGUAAUAAAAGAAUUUGAAGCAAAUCACAAUGACAAACGGGAUCGUGUGCAGCGGUACUUGAAGGGCUUGAAAGUCUAUGCCAUGCAUCUAGAGCCUCGAAAGAACGGACUCGGGGUGAAUGAAAGACCCAUCAAAUCGAUCCUUGGAGUUGCUACCCCUAGAGAUGGACGCAGCCAGGUCCAUCCCCCAAUGGUUAAGCAACUCGCAUCCAGUGCUGACAACGUGAAAUUCUGGAUGGGAGAUGACAAGGCGGGAGAGUACAUCAGUAUUACCCAGUACUUCCUCAGAACUUACAACAUAAAACUUAAAUAUGCUAAUGAUAAGCCAGUCGUGAAUGUUGGAACUCGUGAGCGUCCCGUUUACCUUCCUAUGGAGGUUUGUGAAGUCCUUCCCGGGCAACCUUUCCAUCCGGAACUAGUCAAAAUUCAACGACAGAACAUAAUCAAGUUCAGUUGCCGCCGGCCUCCUGAGAACUAUGAAUCCAUUAUGAAAGAUGGAUUGGCCAUCAUGGGAAUCGACGAAGACCAUACCAAGACGGUAGGGAUUAGGAUCAGCAAACAGAUGAUCACUGUACAUGCACGGAUUCUGAGUGCUCCGAAUUUGAUUUAUGGCGGCAAGAAAAACACUAGCCCCCGAUACGGAUCGUGGAAUUUGGUAAGCACUAGAUUUGCCCAGGGCGCUAAUAUCAGUAAAUGGACCUGUCUUUGGCUUCGAAAGCGCUCCUCAAAGCCGGAGCAUGAGCUCAAAAAUCCUGAACCCUCAAUGGAUGCCCUGUACCGAAAAUUGCGUGACCAUGGCCUAUCACUUCCGGCGCCAUCUAAGCCAUAUCUGUCAUGCCUUCUUAUUGAUGAUGACCAAGAAAAUCGAGCUAUGAUCAAGGCCCAAUUCGCAGAGCUCUCGAAAUCAAGGUUCUCCUUAGUGGUUGUUCUUCUUCCUACCACAGAUAGCAAAAUCUUUGAUUUCGUCAAGUAUUCUGGAGAUAUCAAGACCGGCAUCCUGACGCACUGCAUGCAUUCCGAGAAGGUGAUGAAGAUUAGUGAGCAGUAUAUGAGCAACAAUGCCAUGAAGAUCAAUCUCAAGAUGGGAGGAUGCAAUCAACUCCUGCAGCCUACGAGUGCGCGCUUCAUUGGCGCAGCAAAGACCACCAUGGUCGUCGGCUUGGAUGUCACUCAUCCGUCAAGCACAGACCCCGACAUCUUCCCCAGUGUUGCUGCCAUAGUUGCCUCCAUUGAUUACCGUAUGGCACAAUGGCCCGGUGAAGUUCGAGCCCAGACGCGCCGCCAAGAGCACAUUGAAUUCCUAAAGGACAUGAUGCUGACUCGACUGAAAUUGUGGAAAGAUACUAACGGUGGUCACUUGCCGCAAAACAUUCUCAUCUAUCGUGACGGUGUUAGCGAUGGUCAGUUCCCCAUGGUCCUUACAGAGGAACUUCCAAAGGUCCAAGCUGCUACCAAAGCGGUAUACCGUGGAGCCCUGCCCAAUAUCACCAUCGUUGUCUGCGGAAAGCGCCAUAAUGUGCGCUUCUAUCCUACUAAAUCCACUGAAGAAGAUAAAACAUCCAACCCAAUCAAUGGAUGUGUCGUCGACCGCGGGGUCACCCGUCCCAUCUACUGGGACUUCUAUCUGCAAGCCCAGUGUCCCCUUCAGGGUACUGCUCGGCCAGCUCACUACAUUGUCAUCCACGACGAGAUUUUCACAAAUUCGAAGGUCAAUACAGACCGCAGGCCAGCUGAUGUGCUGCAAGAAAUUACCCACAAUAUCUGUUACAUGAUGGGCCGGGCUACUCGCUCGAUCAGUUACAGCACCCCUGCCUUCCUGGCUGAUAAGUUCUGUGAUCGUGCCCGGAAGUAUCUCUUGGCUCACUGGUAUGACCAGAAUAUGGAUAUUGAUAACAUCAAUCCUAGCAUUUUGACUCUACCGAGCAAUUUGCGAGACAGCAUGGUCUAUAUCUAA